UCAAAUGAACGACUAAAUAACCGUAGUGAAAAGUAGUAAACAAUUAAGCAGGCAGUACUUAAACGCUGAUCGUAGAUUGAAGGUUUCUCUGACGAUGAUCGUCACGCGAUUUGGACGAAGGUCGACGACGCCCGAAGGUAGUAGGGACUCCCGCGGUAGGUUGGUUCUUCGGAAAACGUGGCGGAGCGUUGGUUACCAUGCAAUGCCAGCUGGGAUUGGUCGAGUUUGGUGGGCGAAGGGAGAUCAAUACUGGGAGGCUUUCGACAUGGAGAGGCGUAGGCUGGUGUGUUCACCACGAGGAACGAGGACCGGGAUUAACGGCUGCUACUGGCAUGACCUUGAUUGUGACCUUAACCUUGAUAACGCCCUUGAACGAGAUACAAAAGCCCGUCGUCGUCGUAUCGGCAACGACGGGAAUUUCCGCACCGGAAAAUUCGUCGCCACAUUUAACUCCCUGUAGUCGAGUUUUCGCUGUAAUGUCGGCUGAAUUGUGUGUUGCGGAUUUUAUAGGUCGUCCUUUGUAUAUGUUACAAGGCCAUGUUACAAGCGGCUCUCGAAACGCUGACGUAGAUAUCUUUGGUAUAGGGUAGACAAACGUACGAUGAUCCUGAAAGCAGAU